AUGAAAGGAUUUCUUUCGAAACUCAAUCUCCGCGGACGAAAGCAGAACGACGACGAUGCGGCAGACGAGAACAACACCAACAACACCAACAGACAAAAGAGGAAGCAACGAAAAACUGCACAAAAAAUCCGCGAGAAACAAGCGCACGCGAUAGAACGAAGCGCGAACAGCGUGCGAGCGAUAUCAGGUUUGGCGAGUGGGAGCAUGCGUUUACUCCCGAAUAAAAACGGCAAGAAACCAAUCAGCACGAAAACGAACGUGCAAGGUAUGGUUGUCGGGUUAGCCGCGCUCGGGGUGGCGCGGAGUAUGGCGGAGCGUUCAGUCGUCGCGAAGAAGAAGAAGAAGAGGAAAGAAGGAGUGAGUAGCGAAGAAGAAGAAGAGGAAGAAGAUGAAGAAGAAGAGAAAAGAGCGAGGCGCACAACAAACGGGACGACGGUAAAGUUCGCGGCGAUGAUGGCGACGUUUAUAGUCAAACCAGUCACCUUCACCGGCGCGUUCGUGUUGCGAGAGGUGUAUCGAAGCGCGUUGGCGUUGUUAGGGGAGACGAAUAAGGACGAUGGGUCUUCUUCUUCUUUGAAGAAUAGCGGCGGCGAGUCCGUGUUAAUGACGCCCUCGUUGACUCCAAAAACACCCAGGAGUAGUCGACAGAGCGUGAAUUCGAGUCACGACGACGACGAGGAUGAGGAUGUAGGAAAGAGUGCGAGCGACGCUACAAAAGGUGAUACCAAUAAAUGUUGCUCCAACUGCGGCGUGAAAAUAGCCAACGCGUUGCGAUGCGCGAGGUGUCGACAAACGUGCUACUGCUCCCAAGAGUGUCAAAAGAGCGAGUGGAACGAGCACAAGAAAACGUGCGUUCCAUCGCCCGAGUUGUUGGAAAACACUCGACGAGCGAACGAGGAAGUGCGCGAAGCGACUGUGAACUGGGACGGCACGUUCCAAGCGUCGACGAGUUUGUUCCAAGCGGUGAAACAUUUGACGAAAUUCGCGAAAAGAUGUGGCGAUGCGAAAAGUAGCGGCGACGCGUUGUGGAUUUCGCUCAUAUUGUUUGCGAACGAAAUCGAUUCAUAUGGAGAAAUUAAACGGGAAGAUGGGUGGCGAGACGUUACGUUCGAUCAGCAUUUGGAGACGUGCGAAGCGGCGGCGAGAAUUGUCAUGCGCUCGGAAUUUUUAGAAGGCAGUAGUAACGAAGGUGAUAGUAAUAGCGAUUCCGAAGAAGCCAGAAAGGCAAAGAAAGCGCGCGCGCGAGCGUUGGCGCGUUUAGCUUUGGGUACGUGCGCGCUUCGCGGCGCCAAGAGGAGCACGAAAAUCGCUUUGGAAAAUUUUUACGACGCUCGCGAAGACGCCGUGAGAUGUAAGUGUCCGUUCUUAGCCGCGGAGGCGUGUCGACGGAUAUGUUCCGCGCACUUGCACACGGGGAACUUUUCGUCGGCGUCGAUUGCAAUUCAGCAAGCCGUCGAGUUUGCAAAGCUAGUCGCAGAGAAGCAGAAGAAGGAGAAUGCUACCAACGAAACGACGACGAUGUAUUACUACUAUCGUUUGUUUCACGCGGAUAUUCACGAAAGUCUCGAAGUGUGCGUUUGGCUCGAGCACUUAAAGUCGUCGCGAGAAUAUUUCGGUAAAAACAAUACCACGCCUCGCGAACCGAGCGAGCGCGCGCAUUUCUUAGCAAAAGAUGAUUCCUACCUCGAAAAGAAGAGAGCGUCUAAUUUGAAAACCGUCGCCAUCGGGGAAGCGUUGCUGAAACGCGAGGAGUUAGAAAACGGCGACAACGAGAAGAGCGAGCGCGUCAAGCAAACGGUCUAUUUUAUUCUCGCAGAGACGUAUCACGAACUCAACGAGACGAAGAAGUGCGAAGCGUGCGUGCAAAAAAUCCAUGGAGGAGCAGGAAAUGCUUUCAAAUGUGCCUAUUGCGACGAGCGCGUCGUUCUCUCAAUCGGAGAAGAGAUGGAUGAAGGUCAAGGGACUUCUGUUUUACCUUGGCAAAUGGAAUAUCGCACGUGCAUAAAUCCUCGCUCGCCGCAUAUUUUCCACACCAAGUGCGCGCACGGAUUGAAAGCGCCGCAUCGGAAGAAACACGAAGCAUGCGCGUGUUGCCAACUUUGCCGCGACAUGACGCAACUCACGCAAACACCCACGAAAAGGUACGCGCGUGAUAAUCUACAGACCACAUUGUUCGGCAUCGCUUCGUUUCUUUCUCUUUCUUUCUCUCUUUCUCUCUUCCCGUCUCCCUUUGACGAUUGGACUAUAUAUACAUUCGCUGACCUCGCGUUAUUUUGUUUGUAUUCUAUUUAUAGCAGCGCCUCCCGAACCGGUUCUUCAGCGUCUUUGGAACUCCGCAACGGCCGUCUCGUCGCCAUCGCGCACCACAUACCAAAGACAGGAUACAAGGCGAUAAAUUCGUACGGGCACAAACCGCGUUUCGUUUCGGAAACGACAUCAAAAACCGCGCAAAAAGCGUGUUUUGCCGCACCCGCGAAGAAAACGACGUCCAAGCCGCUUCAAAAAUACCACCCAUGGGCGGCGCGCAAUCGCCCAAAACAGUUCACCGAAAACGUCGUCGGUCGUCGUUUCGGGUUCACCUCCAUGAGCGCAUCGAGUAAAGAAACCUACCGAGGCUCCAGUCAGGUCUGUUUAGGCGACAAGAGUAUCAAAAACACCUUCCAAACGACCAAUCGAGCGAGAAAAGCUUAG